UUUGUUCUUUCUACUCAAUCUCCCUCCAAAAUCGCUCAGAGUCCGUCCUCCUGAACUGUUGCCUCGACUCCCCAGCUAAGAACCCGCCAAUCAGCCAACCGGUUCGCCCAAACCCGGUUGUGGAAAUACCCUAAAACCCACGUCCCUCCAUGGCCUUGACCUCUCGCACUCAUGGCGUCACUGGACGGAUCCGAACCGCCACAUCCAAUCUCCACGAGGACAACCAGUCUCUUAUCUCGAUAUUGGGAAAGCUUUCAGUUUGAUGAAGGAAAUUGCAGUUGAUUUUGAAAGGGCUAAGCAGUUUGAGAUGAUCAUAGAUUCAAGAUAUGAAGCAUUUGUCGAGAUAUGAAAAACCCGAAAAUGGGACAGGUGAAAGAGCUCGAAAAUGCCGUUGUUGAAUUGGUGGAUACUUAUGAAGACUGUUCGCAUUUUUCGUCGGCAAUUGAAUCUGUUGGAGUUAUAUACCAACCUGGGCCAGAGCUUACGGAUUUCGAUAAGUUGUUCAAGAAUGAGGUUGCACAGCUGAAGGCAAACUCAUCUUCAGUUCCCCAAAACCAUCCACUAAUGCGUCAAUUCCGGGAAGGUGUCUGGUUGGACAAUGCUAAAAGCAAGCAUAAUGAAUUGAAAGUUCAUCAUGCAGGAGAGCCUAUGCCAGGUGAAGAGCAGGAAGACAUUAUAAUGACGAGCAACCAAAGCACUAUUUUGAAUGUCACUUGCCCAUUGAGUGGAAAGCCUGUCAUUGAACUGGAGCAUCCAGUUCGGAGUAUCAUAUGCAAGCAUGUUUAUGACAAAGGGGCAAUCACCAGUACUUACGGGGAAACAACACACGCUGCCCUGUUGCAGCUUGCCCUGCGAAAUUGCAGCUAGAUAAAGUGAAGCAUGAUCCAUUGUUAGCCGCGGAGAUUGAUGACUUGCGUAAAAUGCAGAACCAGGGUGUCAUGACUGAUGUGAUGGAUGUCACCGAGUUUGAAGAGUGAUUGGAUGAUUUCGCUCUAAAACGACAUUUCAGCUUGGCUAUUUCGACAUGCUUGAAGGUCGUCGUGAAGCAGCCAUGUGCAUUCCGUAGAAUGGUUUUGUAUAGAGUGACCUAUUUUGAUGAUAUUGCAGAUGUUGUAGUUGAAAGCACUUCCAGUUCCUUGUAUUCAUUAACUGAUACUGGAGAUGAUUCAAUUUUCAAUUUGCCAAUCAAGGGUAAUGACAUAUUUACCAUUUUAACCAUCAA